CGGACGACGUCAGACGCAGAGAGCGCAGCAGAGGCAGCCUCCUCACUGGUUGUCUUCAUUCUCAGGCCGGGUAACAGCCCAGUAACAAGUCCCCGAUCGGUGGAACCUACGAAGAUUGGGCUUCACAAUCCCCAUCCAUCCUUCCCGUCGACAACGUUUCACGGACAUUAACCCCCGCUGUUAUCCGAAGGCACAAACACACGUUGAAACGAACAAGAAAGGCACUGGGAAGAGGCGCAAAGAAAAAUUUCCAUACUCGAUGACAUUACAUCGCAAUGUCCGAUCGUUUGGGGCAAAUAACCAAGUCCAGGGAUGGGAAAAGCAAGUACUCCUCACUUAGCCUGUUUGACAAGUACAAGGGAAAAUCAAUAGAAACUCAGAAAAACUCAGCAGUUCCGCGACAUGGCUUGCAGAGUCUUGGCAAAGUGGCCGCAGCCCGGCGCAUGCCCCCGCCCGCUCACUUACCGAGCUUGAAAUCUGAAAACAAAGGAAACGAUCCCAACGUGAUUAUUGUCCCAAAAGACGGCACAGGAUGGGCAAACAAGCCGGAGCAACCCGAUCAAAAGAGUUCUAUUGCAUCGAUACCUCAGCUGCCGGAGUCGCAGCUGCAGCCGGCUUCACAGAAAUCUGUCUCCAAUCUUCAGAAGCCUCCACCAGUAGCCACCCAGGAGAACACAAACACAGGUGGACCAAAGCAAUGGGCACAGCUCAAUGGAAAGGCAGUAGAGCCAGAUGGUUUAAGGGUCUUAAACCGACUUCAGCCCUUCUCUCACGAGGAAUUUCCCACGCUGAAAGCCGCUGGAGAACAGGACAGGGUUGGCAAGGAAAAAAGCGGCUACGAUCUGUCGUAUGGGCCCGGACCAAGCCUCCGCCCUCAAAAUGUGACAAGCUGGAGGGAGGGUGGCGGCAGGAACCUCCAGCCCUCAUCCUUGACCCUCGGCCUGCCAGCGGACCCCGAGGGCAAACUCACUGCCCUGGGGGAAGCUGGCACCCCACCGGCCGCAUCUCACCCGACCUCUGCUACCAGCGUCGCUUCAUCUAGCGUCGUGGCCACUCAGUCUUCAGGCCUCGACCCGAAGGAGCCCUCCUUGCGUCCCGCCCAGCCUAUCCGGAGAGCAGCUGUCCCCUCAGUCCUGCAGCAUCAGCUCCGCCAUACCUCCAAUGCGGUUUACCAUGACAUGUUGCCAGCUUUUAUGUGCUCCAAAGAGACGCGUGAGGCCCCAGGUACAGAACACGUUCCGCCUGCUGUAGCAACACCAGCCCGAUUUGAUCCCAAACCAACUUUUAGACUGAGCUACGCUAAACUUGAGCUUGUCAAUGGGGACGCAAGAAGGGAGAACCGCUUUGCCCGCGCGGCGCCCCGACUCUCUUCCCAGCCCAUUCGUCGGCCCGGUGACCGACCACAACGACCCGCUAUCAUUAACCCUGAGGACCUGAAAGAUCUGGAUGAUCUUGACAAUGACUGCGAGGAUGGAUGGGCUGGACUCCACGAAGAAGUUGACUACAGCGAGAAGCUCAAGUUCAGUGAUGACGAGGAAGAGCAUUCAGCCAGUGAUAAAAACAAGAUGUGGGCUGAGUGGGACAGGGAGAAUCGGCGUGACUGCCAGUCUUACCUCAGUUCGGGUGAGGUACCGUACACACACGAUGGCCCUGAAGAGAGCUAUUCUAAUCACCACCAGGAGCCUCCGAGGAAGACCAACAGCAGAUAUCUCUCUGCAGACACUCAAUCCCAGCAGAAAAGCCACAGUGAGCCGCCAACUGACCAGGAGGAUCACCAGCGCCAGUCUCAGCCUCUGGCGAGGGCAAAGUAUGCGUCGCCUGAGCUGUCCGAGGCUGUUGAAAGAGCCCGCAGGCGUCGGGAGGAGGAAGAGAGGCGUGCCCGUGAGGAAAGGCUGGCGGCCUGCGCAGAGAAACUCAAAAAGUUGGAUGAGAAAUUUGGGAAGUCUGAAAGGCAGAUCUCAAGAGCAGAGGAAAGCAACAAAGAUGUACAUGGCAAAGAAUCUCCCUUGUCCCCCAAUAGGGAACAUGUCAAAGUACAUAACUGCCAGUACAGUGCCAAAGAUGUGCCCGAGUGCUCAUCUGACGAUUCCCCCAGUCCUAGUUACCGUGAGGAGCCCAGCUUUCCUGCCUAUCGCAGCAGCGAGGAUGACGGUCAGGAGCCCUCAUCCCCCGCUGGAGAUUACACCGGACGUCCAUCGAAACCUGUUCCACCCCGCUUUCAGAAACCGCCGCAGCACCAGCAGCAGGAACAGGUCUACAAGAUGCAGCAGCAGUGGCAGCAGUCUGGUCACCCAGCGCCCUCCGGCUCAAGCCUCACACAGCGAGGCUACUAUCCACCGCAUGUACUUGGGUUUGACCCCCGCUGGAUGAUGAUGCCACCUUUCAUGGACCCCCGUGUGAACCAAGGAAGAUCACCCGUUGAUUACUAUUCGAGUGCUGUCCACUCUUCGGGAAUGAUGAAACCUAUGAUGCACCAAGACCACCUAAACAGUCCCAGUUCUGAUGAGGGCCUACACCAAGAGAGAAGAACCCCUUCCACUGAACCUUAUCCUGUCUGGAGCCAGGAUGGUUACCCCAUGCGCAGUUUCACCCCACCUUACCAGAGGCACCAUGAUACCCAGCUUGAUGACAGAAGUGAUAUGGCCCCCUCGCAACAGGACACUUAUGAGGAGAGAUCUGAUGAGGGUGUAUCCCACCUUCAAGAAGAUCUUCACCACCAUCAUGCCUUCCGGAGCCAAUCCUCAGACAGAGAACACCACGACCAGGGGCUACUGAGUGCUCAGACCCACAGCCAGCUUCAUACAGAUACCGAAUACUCCAAACAAGAAUUAAGAGACCAGCAUCUUAAAUAUAGUCCUGAUGAGAACUCAGAUGGCUCUAAAGACAACUGGAAACGAGACAUAGGCAACAAUGCUCAAAGCCAGUGGUCUGAAUCCAAUUCCUGUUCUAGUGCCGGUGUCAGCCAUCAAUCAGAGACCACCGUGCGCACUUUGACACGCAGAACUGGACCGAUUAAGAAACCUGUUCUCAAGGCUCUCAAAGUGGAAGACAAGGAGAGUGAGAAGCCGAAACAUGAGCCCGAAGACAAGCCUGUCCCCUACCGUCUGGAGAAGGAGGUUCUUACCAACGUGUAUGACUUAAAGAAAGAUAGCCAGCCUGCGAGCAACAGGCGCUCAGGCUCACCUGUUGUGGAGAAACACUCAGAAGAGAUUCAACGUCAGUCCCCGGCCAUCACUAAAGUGGACCGGCCUCUCGGCACCCAACAAAGUGAGGAUUCCCCCAAGGAGAGCGUUUGGGACACUAGCAAAAUCCAUCCACCAAGAGAUGUUCAGGAAAAUCUAGAGCCACAAACACCAAGGCGCAACAACUGGAUCUUCAUCGAUGAAGAGCAGGCCUUCGGUGCUGUCAGAGGAUCAGGAAGAGGCCGGGGCCGGGGUUUUAGGGACUUUAAUUCUCGAGGAGGAGGCCGCGCUGUCCGAGUCGGCGAUAAUGUUCGAGGAGCUUAUAACAACAGUGCUGUUGCUCAGCGGACAGGCAGAGGCAGAGCUCAACCAAGGGAGCUGAAGGUGGAGGAGUUCCAGAGAGGCCAGCCACGAAGGCGCAAUGUCAGCGAGACCUUAAGCGAAGCCUCCGAAUACGAGGAGCUGCCCAAGAGACGGCGACAGAAGGGCUCUGAAAAUGGAGAAGGUUACCUCGAAGCCGCGGAGGCUCGCAAAGUGGAUCGGGAUUCUUGGAGAUCCAACAAGGUGUACACAGAUGAGCAGGCCGCCGCUGAUUCCAGAGAAAAGGCCAAGACGAGCAGGAACUUCGGAGGUCGCACGCUGCCUCCCAGACUGAACACUGGGAAUUACAGCAGGGGCUACGGAAGCACCAGAGAGAUCUCCUCAUGGAGGGGUCGUGGUCCUCAGUUUGGAAGCAGCGGUGGCUCCAUGCAAGAAAAUGGUUAUGGUCCUGGGCCUGACAGUACUUUUCCUCGUAAACCCCAUAUUGACCGUGACACACUCAAGUACGCCCCCAAAUUUACUGGCCCCUUCAUAGAAAACUGUUCAGAGGAACGUGAAGGCGAAUAUUACUUUGACUGCGACAACCCCGACAGACAAGCUUUGAGGAGACGACGUCCACCGCGUCAAGACAAGCCUCCACGCUUCCGUCGUCUGCAACAAGAACGGGAACCUGGUUCGAACCAGUGCACAAGCGACGAGUACGUCAAUGGCGAAUUCACCAACCCUUGGCCUGCUCGUCCCAAAGGGAGCGGAGAAGACACCUGGCCCAGUGGCCCGUACUCCGGAGUACGCACCGGCCAACAUGCACCGACGGAGGACUGGGAGACGGGAUCAGACAACAGCGAUUUCAGCGACUGGAAGGAAAAGCAGGCAGGACGCGGAGGCACGCCCACGCAGGGACACGGCGACGUUCCCUCAGACCCGUGUCACGGCGAAGCGGGCUCUAUUGAGAAAAGGGAGCUUUCCAAGCGAAGCUUUUCCAGCCAGCGACCGCUGAUAGAACGACAGAACAGGAAAGGCGAGCCUUCAUUGCUGGAGACGAGUAAGAUGAUUCGUGCUCCUGAUAAUUCCCAAUCUGCUCCUUUAAACAGGAGUGACACCUGGCAGAAUGGAGGCAUGUCUUGUAAGAGCAGGAGCCAAGAUGAGUCAGGCCCUAUGUACAGUAUUGAGCAGUCGGAGGAGCUGAGUGAGUCCUCCAGAAAGAAAUUUGACAAAGAGCUGAAGCCAGUAGCUCUCAAACCAGACAUUGCGGAGUCUCUGUCCCAGUAUGAGCUCAGCGCCUACCCAAUAGAAGACGACGCUGGUGGCCCCGUUUCUAAUCCAGACAGUUAUCAGGAAGCAUUGUCCAAAAAGCAAAGACAUCCACAGGAAGAUGACAGGAGGAGGAAGGAUCAAGGAGUUUCUGUGCCUGUAAAGAGCAGGCCAGUUGCAUCUAAGAUACCGCCUCGUUUUGCCAAGAAGCAGGGAGGCAUUGGAAUCGAUCAACCAGAGGAAUCUCUUUCGUCUAAUAACUUGGGAACGGAAAUCUGGGAGACAAACAGCUCAGAUUAUUAUUUCCCAGCUCUUUCAGUGCAGUCUUCAGGGGGAGACUCGUGGACUAAACAGGUGUCUUAUACCGGCAGUGAACCAAACUCUGAGGACUCUGAUGCUGGCCCCGAACAGACUAAAGAGCAGCACAAACCAGGGCCCAUUGGAAAUGAGCGCUCCCUAAAGCACCGCAAGGGCUCCGAGGUCGUGGAUCGCCUGGAAGUUGGCCCCAUCACCCCAGUCAACGGGGUAGACCUCCACGUGGAUACUGUGCUCCCCGUGCCCCCAAUAGAGUUUGGUGUCAGCGCCAAAGACUCUGAUUUUAGCCUGCCGUCAGGUUCCACCCCAGUGCCUGUGUCCAAUCCUGUCAACAAGCUGCAAGAUCACCUCACCACCAAUACUAUUCCCAUGCUCCGUUCAAAUCAUCUGCAACCCGGCAUCAACCUCAACCCUAUGUCAUUUCCAAGCGCUGACCUCACUCUUAAGAUGGAAUCGGCACGUAAAGCGUGGGAGAACUCUCAGUCCCUUCCUGAGCAGGGCUCUCCAGGGACCGGUGUCUCAGGAGUUCCGCCCCCAUGCAGCAUUGGCUCAUCCAGCGGCGUCAGCUACAGCUCUUUUGGAGGGGUUUCCAUGCCUCCGAUGCCUGUGGCGUCCGUAGCACCUUCCAUGUCCAUGCAAGGAAGUCAUAUCCCCCCAUUAUAUCUGGAUGGUCAUGUCUUUCCCAGCCAGCCCCGUCUGGUUCCACCUACAAUGACUCAGCAGCAGAGCUACCAACAAGCAGCGCAGCAGAUUCCCAUUUCUUUGCACACGUCUCUUCAGGCUCAGGCUCAGUUGGGUCUAAGAGGAGGUCUGCCAGUGUCCCAGUCCCAAGACAUGUUCAAUUCUAUCCCCCCGUUCAGGUCGCAGGUUUACAUGCACCCCAACCUUUCUCAGCCCAGCCCCAUGGUGCUGUCGGGCGGAGGUCCUCUGAAGGGGCCAUACUCCCCUUUUCCCGGCCUGCAGCCCUCAGACAUAGUCAAGCCCACGUCGGGCUCGCACUAUCAGCCGAUGAACGGCAGCCAGCAGCUGGUGUAUGACAACCAGUUGAACCAGGGGCCCAGCAUGGGUUCCUCCCAGUUGAUGGAUUCUCAACUCAUCCAGGUGACCAUGCCUUUACCUGGCUCUCAGCUGCGCUACGGCUCGGCUCAGCAGCAUCUCAUCCUCCCUCAGUCCAUCCAGCUGCAGCAAGGCCAGAAUCUGUCAGUAGGAGCGACACGCCGAAUGAUGCCGCCCGGCUCGCAGCCGCAAGUCAUGCCCGGUAGCCGGGAGAGCUCACAGAUGGAAAUGAAGGCUUUCCAGUUCUCGGAAAAGCUCAGUCAUUCGAUGUCUGGAGGCUCCUACAGGCCUGGAUCUGCUAGCCCCAGUGGCAAGCCAUCUGGUCACGGGGGCCCGGUUGGACCUUUGCCCCCUCAUUAUACACAACAGGUCCAAGCCGCUCAGGGCAACAUGGUGAUGCACAUGCGACCCCCCACCGGCCCCUUCCCCAGCCCCAUCCAGAGACCAGUCAUGCAGGUCAACAAGCCUGUCAUCAUCCGCUCCCCCCCUUACUCCAAUCCCGGUCGCGACCUCCCCCACCACCGUACCCCUCCCUCGGCCCCCGAGGCCCUUGUCAAAGGGCCCGAGGAUGGCAUGAAGAAUAAAAGCCUGCGAGACGUGCGCAAAGCAGUAUGCGAGGGCAAGAUGCUUUCCGGGGGGAUCAUGACCAGCAAUCUCCAGGAGCCCCUCUCCUCUUCCACAGGUCACGCCAAGCCAGCACGCACUGGAGCCAUCAAACCCCAGGCGGUCAAGUUGGAGGAGGGCAAGGCGUAGUAAAAACAAUGGACCUAAACGACAAACAUCAAAAUAUAUAUGUACAAAAAAAUCACCACCCAGCCUACAAACACACAACAAAAGCUCCUUGCACAAGGUCAGAGCCUUAAGAGACCAUCUGAAGCAGAAGGCAGGGCACCUGGACAAUUCUUUAUUUCACAUGCAAGACAUAUAAAUAUAUAUAUAUAAAUAAAUGAAUACAUAACAUCAUUUUAAACAGAUCUCCUCUAAGGUCCUCUUUAUUUAUUUCUUUGUUAAAUCCUUUCUUGCCAAACUGUAAUAACUCAUAAUAAAAAUAAUAAUGGACUUGAGCCUUUACAAAUAGGCUUGUUUGGACAUUUUUUUUUUUUUUAAAUAAAUUCAAAUACAGAUGUGUUUGUCGGUGAAUGUUCUUGUCACCACAAAUUUUAUUAUAGCAGGAACAAAGAAAAUCUGAUUAAAGAACAUGAUUGCAUGUCAAGUAUCCCUUCUGGGGGAAAAACGACUUUUACACUCUUGGCGAUUUGUUUGGUUUUACUUACCCCUCCGCACAAAGAAAUCAUGUUUCUUUCUUCUAUGUGAGAGGAAUGUGUGCAUGUGGGCACUCUUACUUUUUCCCCCCACCCUCCAGAACAUGUUUUGUACCUCAUCAGCUCUUGAGGAUGUGAAUGAAAUGUUGGCUUGUAGGUCCAUUUUGUUUGAAGGCUCCCCACAAUUCCAAUGAUCAUUUCUUUCCGCAGCUCCUAUGUGGUCUCUGAGGUGGCACGAGCAAUAAAUGCCACAAACCAGGGUCCAAAUAUCUGAACGAAAGACAAACGGGGAGCAGUUUGCAUUGCGUAAUUCAACAUUUUUUUGCUUUUGUGUGUGUGAGAGCACAGUUACAGUGAACCCACAAAGGACUUUUCUAGUGUUUUGAAAAUGUGAAAACCGUUGGAGUCACCUGUUCAUUAUUAUUCUGAUUUUGUUUUAUAACAAGACACAACAAAGCUGGUUAAUUCAACAAGUAUGCUUUACUGUACUGCAACGCUCUAUGACACUACUACACAAAAAACAUGAUUUUGGGACAUCUCUGAAUGGACUUGCUUUUUGGGAGUGCCCCUUUCUUUAUUUUUCUGCAAAACCCCCAACUUAACGCUUUGUUAUCUACGCAAAAUGUUGCCCACUUUUUUUCUUUUUUUUAAGAUGCAUAUUUAAUUUUUGUCACAAAAAAAUGGACCAGCGCUUUCUAAGGCUGAUCCAAGCAUUUUAUUUAUCCUUCCUUGAUAACUUUUUGGUCAUUACUUGCCCUUGUUUAAAAACAAAAAAAGAGCUUAUUGAAAGAAAAUGAAAUAAAGCGGUUGUGAUUUCUUAAAUGUUGAUUCUGUAUUCUCAAUUUUCUUAAUUAACUUUUUCAAUCGGUUAAAACUUUACUACCAUUUUGCUUUACAAUACCGUUUCUGCUACCUUCACACUUAAGCUUGCUGUAUAUUUUUUCAGCAAAUCUUUGUUUAAUAAAUGUGUAUUUGUACAAUUA